AUGAACUUGAUAUCAUUAUAUUUUUGGGGGCUUAUUGUCGGUUUUGCUGUCGCAAUUCCUCAAAGUCCUCCGACUCCUACCAAUGCUUCAACAACAGCGGCAAAUUCCACCAGUACUUCAUGCGAAGCAAAAAGUGAUAGGGCUUCAUGGUGUAACUAUACUAUCAACACCGACUAUGAAGAGACUGCACCUUACACCGGGAUGACCCGAGAGUAUUGGCUCACUAUCAAUAACACCAAGCUCAGCCCAGAUGGGUACCCUCGAGACGUCAUGACUGCAAACGGUACAAUUCCUGGACCCACACUCUUUGCAGAUUGGGGUGACGAGGUAGUUGUCCAUGUGACAAACAACCUAACGGAUAUAAUCAAUGGGACGAGCCUUCAUUUUCACGGCAUUCGUCAGAAUUUCACCAAUCCCAAUGAUGGCGUGAGCUCGCUCACUCAAUGCCCUAUUGCUCCUAAGUCCUCCAUGACCUAUCGCUGGCGAGCUGUUCAGUAUGGGACCUCCUGGUACCAUUCUCACUAUGGGCUCCAAGCCUGGGAAGGCGUCUUUGGUGGCAUAGUUAUACGCGGACCCGCCAGUGCAAACUACGAUGAAGACAGAGGGAUGAUGUUCCUUAACGACUGGACACAUCGACCUGUUGAUCAGCUAUUUGAUAUUGAACGAACAAAUGGGACUGCCAACCCUGACAAUGACUUAAUAAAUGGCACGAAUAUCUAUCCAGUCACUAAUGACACUUCAGUAGGGAAACGAUUUGAGCUUAGCGUAACCCAGGGAACCUCCUAUCGGCUUCGGCUUGUCAAUUCCGCAAUCAACAAAAACUAUUUGUUCCAAAUUGAUAAUCAUAACUUGACUGUCAUUUCGAUGGACCUUGUGCCAAUCAAGCCAUAUAACACAUCCUGGAUCUAUCUAACAAUGGGCCAGCGAUACGACGUCAUACUUCACGCAGAUCAGGCCUCAGUGGCUGAAGAGUUUUGGAUACGACUGAAUACCAGCUCACUCGCUCAGGACUCGAAUGCUCGUUCAUCUCUAGGCAUUCUCUACUAUGGCGAUAUACCAGCAACACCAAGAGAUCCAAAGACUAAAGAGACCCCUACCAUCAAAGCCGUUGAUAUAGAUGAGCCCUUGGAUAGUUUAAUACCUGUCGUUGCGAAAAAUGUUCCACCUCCCAUUAGUUCCUCUUGGAACAGGUCUCUGACUACAGACCUAUUACAGAGUAAUGAUACCGCUUCUUACAGUUGGUAUUUGAACCGCUCGACGAUGCAUGCCAAUUGGACAAAUCCCACUCUAUUACAACUUUACAACCAGCAUGUCUUUAAUGACACCAUUGGCCCUUACAUCGAUACUACAAGCAAUGGAAGCACUUUCAUCCAAAGCGCUACUAAUUUAAUCGAUAUUCCCACGAAGAAUACAUGGGUUUACGUCAACAUCAUCAGUGCUUCAGGCACAGCCGGCCAAGAAGCCCAUCCUAUUCAUCUGCAUGGUCAUGACUUUUAUAUCCUUGCACAAGGAACCGGCACAUUUAAUGGUGUAACGAAGACCAUCAACCCACCUCGACGCGAUACAGCAUUGCUGUAUGACUAUGGAUACUUGAUUAUUGCUUUCAAGACUGACAAUCCGGGUGUGUGGUUGAUGCAUUGCCAUAUUGGCUGGCACACCGAAGAAGGAUUUGCACUGCAGUUUUUGGAAAGGAAAGAUGAGAUUGCAGAUCUGAUUGAUUUCAAUACUUUGAACCAGACUUGUCAAGCAUGGUCAGAUUAUACUUUGGAGACUAACAGCGGCAAUAUGGGAAUGAAUAUCUCUAAUGUUUGA